UACAGCUAAACAAGGAGGCGCAGCGGCGGCAGUGGCAGCGGCCGCAGCAGCAACAGCAGCAGCAUCUGGGAUCCGGGUGAUUAAAGACUUCGCUCGGGCUUUUUGCUGUACUCUUAGUGUACCCUGGUGUAAUUCGCAUGUCCAAGAAGGAAGCUGCAUUUAACGGUAUGCUGAAUAGGGGUUCGGAGCCUUCCAGCUGGCUGCUUGUUUUGAAAGGGACAAUGUGUGUGAAUAAAUAAAAGGAGAUUGUGUAGGAAGAGUUCAGUGACAAGGAUCCAGAGCUGAAGGAGUCUUCCCGGGAUGUUGUUCAGACAGAUGGUGGGAACUGUAAACUACUCCUGCUUCACUUGGAGUCAAAUGAGUCUGGAUAGCCGAGCUGUCUUUUGCAAACACUGGAUAUAUUCGAGUUAGAAAGGCAGGAGAAAAAAAAAAAGAAAGAAAGAAAGAAAGAGGGAACAUUUCUUCUCUAGAUAAUGUAUAGAGGCUUCUACAUCAGUUCUUGGUCUUGGCUGUAUUCAAAGAAGCUUAUUUCAAAUUUGUGUCUCAAGGUCUGCGAACUUCCAGUUUUAACUCUUUUGUGACUCUAUAUUCCUUUCUUACAUGCCUUGAAAUGGUCACAUGAACUCCUGGGGAGUGGUAUUUGCACCAUAUCACCUUCUAUUCACUAUGGCACUUUAGGAGAUAAUAUUAAAAAGCAAUUUAAAAAUAAUUUUUUAAUUUAAAAAAUGAAUCUUAUUGUGAAGGUUCGAAGAAGCUUUCGAACAUUGAUCCUUCUCUUAGCCACCUUCUGCUUGGUAAGCAUUGUCAUUUCUGCUUAUUUUCUCUACACGGGCUACAAACAAGAGGUGACACUUAUUGAAACCACCGCUGGGGCAGAAUGUGCUGACCUCAACCUUCUACCCUAUCGGUCAAUGGAGUUGAAGACAGUCAAACCUAUUGAUACAUCGAAGACAGACCCGACAGUUCUCUUAUUUGUGGAGAGCCAAUACUCUCAGCUUGGCCAAGAUAUUAUAGCCAUCUUGGAGUCCAGCCGAUUUCAGUAUCACAUGGUCAUUGCUCCAGGCAAGGGAGACAUACCUCCUCUCACUGACAAUGGCAAAGGGAAAUAUACUUUGGUUAUCUAUGAAAAUGUUCUGAAGUAUGUUACUAUGGACUCAUGGAAUCGAGAGCUUUUGGAAAAAUACUGUGUGGAAUACAGUGUUAGCAUAAUUGGUUUUCAUAAAGCCAAUGAGAAUAGCUUACCAAGUACAAAAUUAAAAGGUUUUCCCCUGAACCUUUAUAAUAACAUAGCCCUAAAAGAUUGCUUUGUAAAUCCUCAGUCUCCUUUGUUGCAUAUUACCAAAGCACCAAGGGUUGAGAAAGGCCCACUGCCUGGUGAAGACUGGACUAUAUUCCAAUUCAAUCAUUCAACCUACCAACCUGUUCUCUUAACGGAGUUACAGACUUCAAAGUCCCAUGAAGUUCCCUUGUCUAGCACCAAUCUGUAUGCUACAGUGAUUCAAGAUUUGGGGCUUCAUGAUGGGAUUCAGCGUGUCCUCUUCGGAAACAACUUGAACUUCUGGCUGCACAAGCUCAUCUUCAUAGAUGCCAUCUCUUUCCUGUCAGGGAAGAAACUCACACUGUCAUUGGACAGAUAUAUCCUUGUGGACAUUGAUGACAUCUUUGUUGGCAAGGAAGGAACAAGGAUGAAUGUCAAGGAUGUAAAGGCAUUACUAGAGACUCAAAAUUUACUGCGCACUCAGGUUGCAAAUUUUACCUUCAACCUUGGAUUUUCAGGGAAGUUUUACCACACAGGAACAGAAGAGGAAGAUGAAGGGGAUGACCUCUUGCUGGGGUCUGUGGAUGAGUUCUGGUGGUUUCCUCACAUGUGGAGUCACAUGCAGCCUCAUCUCUUCCACAACGAGUCAUCCCUGGUGGAGCAGAUGAUUCUCAACAAGGAGUUUGCACUAGAGCAUGGAAUUCCUAUCAACAUGGGCUAUGCGGUGGCCCCACACCACUCAGGGGUUUACCCAGUCCACAUACAACUUUAUGAAGCUUGGAAGAAAGUUUGGGGGAUCCAGGUCACAAGCACAGAAGAGUAUCCACAUCUUAAACCUGCACGAUACAGACGAGGCUUCAUCCACAAUGGCAUUAUGGUGCUCCCUCGACAGACAUGUGGAUUAUUCACCCACACAAUUUUCUAUAAGGAAUACCCAGGAGGACCUCAAGAACUGGACAAAAGUAUCCAAGGAGGGGAACUUUUUCUCACUAUCCUUUUAAAUCCCAUCAGCAUCUUCAUGACCCAUUUGUCCAACUAUGGGAAUGACCGCCUGGGGUUAUAUACCUUUGUGAACUUGGCCAACUUUGUGCAGAUGACUAACCUGAGACUGCAGACUCUGCCUCCCGUGCUGCUGGCUCACAAGUACUUUGAGCUCUUCCCAGAGCAAAAAGACCCUCUCUGGCAGAAUCCAUGUGAUGAUAAGCGACACAGGGACAUCUGGUCCAGAGACAAAACUUGUGACCAUUUACCAAAAUUCCUUGUGAUAGGACCUCAGAAAACAGGGACAACUGCACUUUAUUUAUUUCUACUUAUGCACCCUUCCAUCAUCAGCAAUCUCCCCAGUCCAAAAACAUUUGAAGAAGUUCAGUUCUUUAAUGGAAACAACUAUCAGAAGGGAAUUGACUGGUAUAUGGAUUUUUUCCCCAUCCCCUCCAAUAUUACCAAUGACUUUCUAUUUGAGAAGAGUGCCAACUACUUCCAUUCAGAGGAAGCUCCCAGAAGAGCUGCAUCGCUGGUCCCCAAGGCCAAGAUCAUCACCAUUCUUAUUGACCCCUCAGACCGAGCAUACUCCUGGUACCAGCAUCAGCGAUCUCAUGAGGAUCCAGCUGCCCUGAGGUUUAAUUUCUAUGAAGUUAUUACAACAGGACAUUGGGCUCCAUCAGAAUUAAAAACUCUACAGAAGAGGUGUCUAACCCCUGGAUGGUAUGCGGUCCACAUAGAGAGAUGGCUAACUUAUUUUUCUUCUUCUCAGUUGCUAAUUAUUGACGGGCAACAGUUGAGAUCUGACCCAGCUACUGUGAUGGAUGAAGUGCAGAAGUUUCUGGGAGUUACUCCUCAUUAUAAUUACUCAGAAGCUCUCACAUUUGACCCUCAAAAGGGCUUUUGGUGUCAACUACUAGAAGGAGGAAAAACCAAAUGUCUUGGGAAAAGUAAAGGCCGAAAAUACCCACCAAUGGAUCUAGAGUCUAGAGCAUUCCUCUCCAGUUACUACCGAGAUCAUAAUGUGGAACUGUCCAAACUUCUGCACAGACUGGGGCAACCUCUGCCAUCAUGGCUGAGACAGGAACUGCAGAAAGUAAGAUAGCACCAAAAAGAAGGACCCCAGCUUCAUAUGACAAUUAUCUUUAUUAUCAAGAAUAAAAAACAAUCUACACCUUAUACUUUCUCAAUGCACUUGUGAUUGUCAGUUGAGGACUUUGUGAAUAACCUUCUCUGUCUUUCUGAAAAGAAAUGGAAAAAAAAGAAGAGAAGAGACAAGAAGAGAAGAGACAUGAAGUGAAAAGAAAAAGAAAAUCUAUAUAUGCACACACUGACAAUUACUAGCAUUGAUUAAUCUCUGUCAACUUUUGGAAAACAAUGCAGAGUUACAUGGCAUUAUUCAAUAUCCAGUCUUGGACUCAUGAUAUAUUCCAGUUUCUCCGUUAACCAGAAAAUUCCCAAAACUGAAUGUACAAUUGAUAGCCUUCAUCAUUUUUGAGGGUCUAAUUAUAAUCUGUCAGGCUAGGAGCAAGGGCCCCAAAUGCCUGUCAAUGUAUUUUGAGGUUGGGAAUAACCCAGUGUCCGAAUUCAGUGGCUCACUGUUUCUUUUCCUUCAUAUUAUCCAGUCAAUUUUGGUAUAAUUUGUAAAAAAGAACAUCUUCUCACACCAUUUUUUAAAAAUUUAAACUUCCAUGAUUUAUGGUCACCAGCCUCUCUAGAGCAUUUCUUUCCAUGUGGCUUGAGACUCUCAAUGAAUUCUGCUGAUUUACUAAAGAAUGUGAAGUACACCCAGCACACAAAGACCCCUUUCUCCUUUUGCCCUUGGAGGAAGCAGGCUGAUAAAAAAUGGUGUGAACGUUACUUAAAGUGCUGCAACUUUCCUGUUGCUUUUUAGCUUUUUCCUGACACUCCUGAAGAGGUCUUUCGUUGUGGUUGUCUAUAUUCCCCAGGGCCCAAGAUUGUGGUUUGAGAUGUAGUUUCAUAUGGAAAUGUCAUAAUGUCACUGGUGGAUGUGAGAUAAUCAUUAAAAGGAACCCAAACCCAAGCAAGCCAUUAGCCUAGUUAUUUGCACAGUAACAAUGGCACAUAUAUGAGUGAAGUGGAAGAGCAGAAACCAAAUCUUAUUUUUAGAAAGACUAAGGACAUUUGGAUCUGUUUAAAAGUAUCCUAAAACACAUGCAUCCUUUAUUGGAUUUUCUCCCCUAUGGGUUUUAUUUUGUUAUUGUCAUUAUGAAUCUAUGAUUAAAAUACAUCAUUGAAAAAGAUCAGGAUUAUAAAAAGAAAGAAAAUACCCUCAAGAUAAUUUAUUUACUCUGUCCCUUUAAAGUUUAUUUUCUCACCAAAUACCUUGUUUCUGAGACCACUUCAUUCAAAAACUCUUUGUAGAUCAAAGGAUAUGCCCCUUUCUAUAUGGGGUAUCAUUGUUCUUUGAAAAUUCUAGAUGGGUAUUAUUCUACCUACCAUCGAGAUUCCUUUUAAUCCCAUUAGUCAGCUGAAGUUUAAUGUGGUUUUGUCAAUCUGCAAAGUGCUACCUACAGAUAAAAUUACCACAGGCCAACAAGACAGGCUUCCUUUAGUAACAUUAGCCAUCAACACAAACUUUAUGCAGAAAAGUUUUAUUGUGGGCCAAGACUUUUCUACACUGGCUGUAAACUAGGCUGUGAAUUAAUACUGUAAACAAUUUAAGUAAUUUUGCUUGUAACAUUAUUUAUUAUGUAAGUAUUGGUAACUUGAAAGACCCAUUUUUGAGAACCCGACCAAAUUUUUUUUUAAAAGAAAGAAAAAACAAAUUAGUCCAUUUGUUAAUAGAAAUCAGUCAAGUUUCAUUUUUCCUUUAUUUUCCCCUGAAGUAAAUCAUGAACCUGAUUUCUGAAUUGUAUCAUAUAUUUCCUUAUCAAUGUGAUUGGGGUAAGGAGGGUGAGAAUUUGGAUUCUUAUUUGUUCUAUGAUAUCUAGUGAUAUCUAUAAGCUUCUGAUAUUUUGGAGACAUUCUAAUGGUUUUUGUUGUGCUUUUUUUUUUCCAACUCAGCAAACAUACAUUGAAUACCUUCUUAACCAUACUAGAUAUGGAAGGAUACAAAGAAAAAUAAGACAUGGUCUCUACCUGCCAGGCAGUUUAUAACCUGGUAGGGAUUAAAAAGCAUGAAAUCAGAAAUCAGAGAUUUUGAACUAAAAGGGAGACCAGUAGGUGCAAACCUCUUGGUAUUUUCUUUUUUGAAAUAGGGAAACUGAGGCCCAGAGAGGCUACAUGACUUGCUCAAUGUCACACAGAUAAUAAGUAUCAUAGGUAGGAUUGAAACCCAGAUCAUCUGACUCUGGAACUCCUUGUAUCACUGGACCAUGUUGCCCUGAGGGUGUGCUCUUUUCUAUUCAUCAUCUUUUGCUGUGUGGCUCAAUACCCCUGCUGCAGUAGUUUAGGGGACUGUGGCUGUAUUGUUUUAACUCAAAUGCAAGCACCUAGCAGGACUCUGCCACUUUCUGAUGCAUGUAUUUCUGUCCUCAUGUUUCUAGAAUUAAAUGGACUGAUUUAUUAGUCAACUCUGCUUAUAAUCAUAAUUUUUUCUGAUGAAAAGAAGGUCAUUUUUAAAUUUUUUCCCACAUGGGAAAAAGGGCAUAUUUUAUAUUAUAGCAAUAAGGGAAGAAGGGAGAGGAAGCCUUUACACACACACACACACACACACACACACACACAAAUAUAUGUAUGUAUGUAUAUAUAUGCAAACAUAUAUAUACAUAUACAUAGUAUACAUAUAUUCAUUUCUAUAUUCCUCACUUAACUCAAUCACUUCAACUGACUACCAGUUUUGGGAAAAAAAUCACUGUAGUUCUGUUUGUUUUUUAUUUGAAAAAAAUGAUGCAUAGGGAAUAAUUCAUGUAUGAAAUCUAAGAAAAAAUUCUUCCCCUUAUCACUAUAUCAUCUCAGAAAAUUUCUAGGUUUAAAUAUAUGUAUAAGUAUACAUAUAUAAAUAUGCAUGCAUAUGUGUGUAUACAUGUAUGUAUGUAUAUAUGGAUAUGGAUUGUACAUACAUGCAUAUAUCCUGUUUGAUAAUUAAACAGACCAAAAACAUUUUAUUAGCAUUGUAUAUAGAUUAUGAGCAUAAUAUUUUACAUUCAUGUAGCACUUAAAAGUUCACCAAAAGUCUGUGAAAUAGGCAAUACAAGUAUUAUCACCCCUCUCUUAAGAGAGGGCUCAGUGAUAUCAAGUGUUGUUCCCAAGAUCACAUGGCUAAUAACCAGUAUCUGAAUUUAUCCUAAAAGCUAUUUCCAACUCUGUCAAAUAUUCAGCAUAACUUCCAUAUGAUUUUUAACAGGGCAUGAAGUAAUUGCAAGUUCAGUUAAUCAAGUGUUUUGAAAUUUCAGGACACUAUAAUUUUCCCACUGGAUAUUUCAAGAUUGCAUAGUCAAAGUGAAAUUUAAGUGAUUAUUAAUAUUUUAAAUAAGCCCUAGCCCAUUUCCUUGAUUCAAUUAUAGUUAUAUUCCAGAUAGAAUCUACCAACAAUCCCUCAUACAAUCUUGAUCACGGUUCCUUCUCAAAGUGCUAUUAAAUUUUCUUAAAAAUUAAAGUCGCUUGAAGCGGGGGUGGGGAAUGUGGGGACAGAGGAGGGAGAUAGCAUUCCUAAUCACAUGUACAAUGGUCUAACUCUAAAUUUCUAAAAACACCUCUGAGGCAUCACGUGGAUGUUUUGAUGUAAUGGACAAAUAUUAUGGUUAAAAAUGUCCUGUCUCUUAAAUGCUCGUCAAGUAACUCUGGGGAUGUUACAUGGAAUAUAAACAUAGCAAAAGCAAAUGAAAAUUGUGUGAAUAGGUCCUUUUUUGUUUUGUUUUGACAAAAGCAGGUCAUUUGCCUAUUUGAAAUCUGCAUCCAAUUUUUAAAGUUAAACAAUUAUAUUGAUUUUGUUUUCUGUUUUGUUUUUUUUUCUUGCAUUUCCAAUUCAUCAUUUCAGUGUGUCCAUAAGUAUCCAAAGCAUCUAUCAUAAGGACUGAAUAUGUAGUUUCCUUAUAGAAUUUAGUUUCAUAUAUAGGCAUAUAUAACAAAUAUAUGAAUACAAUGUUUAUGUCAUAUGUAUAUAACAUAUAUGAAACUAAAUUUUAUAAUUUGUUUUCAUAUGUAUGUCUAUACAUAUACAUAUGUACAAAUAUAUAUUCAUACAUAUGAACCAAAUUUUAUAAGAAACAAAAAUAUUAUCUCAAGUGCUCAUUGUUCCAGAGAUUGGAAAUCUUAUUAAAUCUAGGCAGCACUGUUUGGAAGUACCUCAAAAAUAAUGCCAAGCAAAGAUUCUAGACAUGAGCUAACAGGCUUCCUACAAGAUUUUCUAUUGACUAUGGAAAUGCAGCUUAACUCUA